GCUCACGCGACCCUGUUUUCCCACGUUAGGUUCAGUCCAUCGAGGCCAAGCUGGACUGCCUGCUCGACAUGUACCAGCAGGUCCUCCGGAAGGGCUCCGCCUCCGCCCUCACUCUGGCCUCCUUCCAGGUCCCACCCUUUGAAUGUGAACAGACAUCCGACUAUCACAGCCCCGUGGACAGCAAAGACCUGUCCAGUUCCGCACAGAACAGCGGCUGCUCGUCCAGGUCGGCCAGUGCCAACAUCUCUGGGGGCCUGCAGCUCAUUCUGACUCCAAACGAGUUCAGCGCUCAGACUUUCUAUGCGCUCAGCCCUACUAUGCACAGUCAAGCCACGCAGGUGCCGGUGAGUCAAAGUGACGGCUCAGCAGCGGGGGCCCCCAACAGCAUCGCAAACCAAAUACUCGCCGCCCCCAAGCCAGCAGCGCCAGUGACCUUACAGAUCCCGCCCCCUCUCCCGGCCAGCAAGCAGCUGCCGGGACCAGAGGCCCUGCACCCGAACCCCGCAGGCUUCCAGGAAAGCGUCUCCGAUGUCUCCACCUGCCUUGUGGCCUCCAAGGAAGGUGUCCGGGCCGCGCAGUCCAGUCUGGCCAAGGACCGCUCUCCAAGGAAAAGCUUCGACACAGGAGGAGAAACUCUGCUGUCCGUCCGCCCCGUGGUGCCCAGGGACUUGGGCAAGUCUCUGUCUGUACAAAACCUGAUCAGGUCGACAGAGGAACUGCAGGUGCAGCUUUCAGGGAGCGAAUCAAGUGGCUCCAGAGGCAGCCAGGAUUUUUACCCCAAGUGGAGGGAAUCCAAAUUGUUUAUAACUGAUGAAGAGGUGGGUCCUGAAGAGACCGAGACGGACACUUUCGAGGCAGAGCCGCAGGCGGCCAGGGCAGCCGCGUGUGCAUCGGACUCUCUGCGGCCCGGCAGGUCGCGGUCAUCUCAGAGCGUCUGUAAGGCCGGAGAAAGUGUAGAUGUCCUCAGCUUGCCGCCCGUCAAGCUGAAAUGAGUCCUUCGUUUUCCUUCUAGGCAUAGCGGUUCUUCAGCCACACACGGCACUGCAUGAACUACUCUGAAAGCCCUUCUAAGAGGUUAAACAGUGAGAAUCGGAAAGAACCCGAUUGGUGGUGUGGAAGCCCCUUAUCUUUUAACUGCAUGAAAAUGCAUGUUUAGGGAUGGCUGAAAGUCAGGGUACAGCGACAUGAAGCCCCCCAUUUAGGGACGUACCUUGAGUUAAGCAUCCUGAGAAAUGGAACACUGCUAAUGCCACGGGGAGUGUGAGAAUGUCAAGAUGAGACCAGUUCGAAGAUCUGAAAGCGGGAGUAACCACCCUCAGAUUGCAGGAAUUUCUGCUUCGUGAUUAAGUACAAUAUACAUUUCCAAAAUCAGGCCAUAAUGUAUAUUUCAAAACACAAUGGCUAUCAUCAACAGCUGCUAACAAGGUACCGAGUAAAGCAGAAUUUGGGAAUAGAAAUGGCUGCUUAUCUCAAGAUGCAUUUGCCAGCCCAUUCCUACCCGGUCAUUGUAUUAUGAACGUCGUCGGAAUGUCCGUGCGCGUGCUUCCCGUGAGGUGGCGUGUGGCACGCGGCUUUGCACACCACGCUUAUGUUGUUCUUUAUGACGAGAAUGUUGUUCAAGUAGCCGAUGUGCAUAUAAUGACCUUCAGGGCCAGUGGGGCAAACGGACUGACUGCUCGGCACCCUGACUCCCUGGGCACUAUUCCCUGUGGCCGAAUCACCUUCACACAUGGGCGACGAGGCACUGACCAGCGGAAGGGCCAGUGUGCGGGGGCCAUCCCCCCGCAGCAGAGCCACCCCAGGCAGACGCUGCCUGUACAAAGGGGAGUGACUACAAGCUGAUCCCGCUAAGCUGAGGUACAGGCCGGGUCCCCGAGAAUGGGACAUUUGAGUGAGACUGCUGGGGGAGGCUUGGAAUGAAUCCAGACACAACACCAGGAAGUAGGUGACGUUAAAAGAAGAUGAUGUCCCCCUCAAAUGGCAAGGGGAGAGAGACAAACCAAAAUAAAAGUAUCCGAUUUUUUAGAAAAUGAAUAUUGUAGGGACUCCAACUACCUAAACAUCCCUUAUUCUUAUAUAUAAACAGAGACUUCUGCAAGGUAUUUAUUUUUUAAGAGGCCCUGAAUGGUUUUUGCUAUUAUGUAGUACAUUUUGCACAGGAAAGGCUACAGCUAAACGUGCUUUACUUUUUAUACUGUCAUGAACAUUCUCCGUUUUCCCCAAGACUGUUGCCCCAAAUCUGAAGUUACUGGUCCCGUUUCCUGGUGUAAACAUGCACAGUUGGAGGGCAGGGAAGCCCGGCAGGGCCGCACAUCAGAACACUGGACCGCACAUCGGAGCAGCCAAAAGAGCACGGGAACCAAACCAAAGACGUCGUCGGCCGAGAGCAAGCGAUGCUGCCGGCCUGUCGGAACCAGGGUGGCCCGCUCAGCCCGGCAGAACUUCGGCCAUGGUGAGGAUAACAGAACAGAACCUCAGCUCAGCUCAACUCCAGCCCAGAAAGAGUUCAAGAAGCAUAUUCCCCGGGCAUGGUGCUGCCUCCAGGAAAACUCCGCCAGCAGCCAGGAAAAACAGCAGGGGUGUGGAUGGCUGUCCCGAGGCAGGAGGGGACUGACCCCACCAAGCCCGCCCAGCUCUCUCCCACAGCCAGCUCCGUCCACCCUGGGCUCUCCCCUCUUCUCUUCUCCAUUAGCUGCUCAGCCCUUCCCUGCCUCCAGUUAGGAGCUCACCGGGCCUUAGCCAGCCUCCAUCCCCAAGCAAACCACCCCUCUCUGCUCCACCUAAAAUGUGCUUCUCAGCCUUUUAAAAUCUCUGCCCCUUUUGAUAAACUCUGAAAUGUUAACAGCUUCUUCUUCUCACCCACCUGGAUUCCGGCACACUCCCCUGGAGAGUGUGAUUCAGAAUCUUCUCAGCUGCUGGAGGCACACGGAACAUAGAGUCUAAAUUUUACACUCCAGUUAGAAAGGUUUUGUCAAGCUUUUAAAGCAAUUGUUUUCAUUUCUGAAAGAAACAGGAUUUUAGUCAAUUAUUAAAUGCUUUUCAUCUACCCAUGUCUCCACUCAACGUGAAGUUGUGAUACAGCCUCCCAAGGAGGUUGUACACAUACACACACACACACACACACACACACACACACACUCCACUGACCAACAGCCAGGUACCCGCCUGCCCUCGGCGGGCUCUCUCCAAAUAUGACUCCAGGAAAAGGUGGGAGGCAGCAGCUUUCAGGGAGCAGUGAUUCUUGGACACACUCUGUCCUGGGUCAGACCCCACUGGCAGCAGAAAUUCUGAAUGUACUGGGGACCCCUCCUCAGGCCUCCGUGGGCCUCAAACACAGUGCAGUUCAUCCAGCAUUGCUAAAGGCAAAGACACAGAAACAAAACCUCACCGCGUCACUGAGGUCUUAACCAUAGCAAGACGUGAUGAACCGUGUGGUGAAAAACUCCACUGAAGCCAUGACCAUUUUGUGUCCACCUUACUCACGCACAGAAAUUCUUGGAUGUUCAGAGAGCUGUAAUGUGUGAGAGCUCUAGGGUUUUGUCUGUUGGGUUACUCUCUGUGUUGCUGAGAGGGGGGUCUCCCAUUUACACUUAGCAAAGCCCCGUUGGUCAACCCCAAAUGGUGUCUUGGGGCACAGGGUAGGAGCCCUAAGUAGCCAUGUGCUCCCAGCUCAAGUUCAAUACGCAGGCUUGAUCGCGCUAACACUUACCUGCAAACACCCUUUCUAGGAGCUAAGGUUUUUGCUAUGUCUGAGCUAAAUGUUUGCAUUUUGUUCAACUCAAUGAGUAUCUGUAGAUUGCAAGUUUUGUUUAAAGUAAGACACUUUGAGUUUUCAAGUCUAUCUCCUGCUCUAAGGUGCCUUUCUCACCUCCCUUUGACUCAGUGAUUCUGAAAGUUCCUAAUUUGCAGGUAAACAGGUCUAGUAGAGGGAAAAUCAGGCACAAAGUGACUAAGUCUUAUGCCCAUUUGCAAAGCAAAAUAUAAGAAAGGGUGAAACCUUUGCAACUAAGUUAAUGAAUCAUUCAUUCAACCAGUUUGAGAAAAGUGUCAUAAAUAUUAACUUAUCUCCCCAGAAGCUGAUAUUUUUUGCCUUAAAUGACUUGGUUGUGUUUUUGUAAAAGAAACUUAAUUUAAUAUAAUUAUGUGCAUUUAAGUGAGCAGUUCUAAAAGUCAAGUAUGACAAUACAGUUGUCUGUUUCCUGAAAACAAAUAAAUCAGGAAUAUCAUAUCCAUUUCAAGCUAUCAUUAAAAUGUAAUUUCCUUGGCUCUCUUUUACUGAGAUUAUUUGUUUUAAAGUAAAACAUUAAAAAGAUGUCUAUAAA